GCAACGAGAAAGAGCAGCCCAGAGGAGAUCUGGGUCAGGCGCUCGCUCUAUUGUGUAACAAGAAGGAACAUAAAAAGAGAGAGGGCGAGGGAGUGUGUGUGUGGGUGUGAGAAUAGAUCUCAGAGGUUGAGGAUGGGUUUUCUAUUUGCGUGGGAGAGGCGAGAGUGA